GAGUGGUGACUCAGUUUACUCCCGAGGGAAGGAGUGCGAUCACCAUGCCUUUGGGUGAGCCCUCCACAGAAUGGAGGAGCCAGAGGCAAGCCUGGGGACUGUGUCAUCAGAACCAAGGCAGCAGGCUCCAGCCCUGGGGGUGGGGUGAAAUGGGCACUCAUGGACAUGCAUGACACUGGCCUCUGUACACACCUCCAGGUGCCACACCUGCUGGCCCUGCAGGUGAGAGGCGCGGGAGGUGCAGACACGGGAGGCUGGGCUACGGUGGCAGGAGCUCGUGGUCUGGGACAGACAGGUGUGUGCAGGGGCAGCCGAGCAGGGGCCUCAGGGAGGGGAGCCAGCUCAGGGGAUGCUUGUGGAGGGGUGGCUCAAGGGAGAGGAGAAGGGCAGGUGUGUGGCGGCCAAAGGUGCCCCGAGGGCAAGUGCCCAGUGUGGACACAGGUGCAGGGCACACUUGGAAGCUUGGGGGCUUCAGAGAGGAAAGGGGGCUGUGGGAAAGGGUCUCUCCCCGCCUGCCUGUGAGGCUUGGCUGAGCCUCUGCACCCAGUCCUCCGCAGUGCUGGCCCUGGCGCCCUGUGCAGAGGCACCCCCUAGACGUCCUGAGACACAGAGGGGUCAGCUGGGCACGGACCCCAGAGCUUUCUGGGGUGCUGUUGGGGCUCCCAUAGGCUCUUGGCCUUGCAGCUACAGUCUAUCAGUUUCCCAGAGGUGCUCUGCCUAUUUGGGGCAUCCUUCUCUACUUUUGAGUCUAAAAGGAACCCUGGAAAAUUGGGCCAGUUCGAGUCCUUUGAGGCUGAGGAGUAAGACCACCUGAAAAGGCCGGCACUUCCUUAGCACCUGGUGCUGGCGGCACCGCUAGGGCCAAGGGAGAGGAUUCCACACCCCUGAGGCCAUGCCUGCCACCAGCCUCUCAGUCGGGAAGCACCUCACCGAGUCUGCCCUGCAGCCAUGUGGGUCACCCCUUCUUCCUCAUGAUUUAGAGGAAGAUGUUCCCCCAAAGCAAGUGGCUUCCAGUCAGCAUCAGGAAGCUGGGAGCUUCCAGGCUAGCUCAGGGCACUCUGGAAAAGGCAGACGGGGCUCCCUAAGAGUGGCCACAAGAGGCUGGGCCUGAAGCUGAUGUGGUCACCGUUUCCAUGUGGGAGGGAAGCCAGGGCAGUCACUGUCAUGCCCAUGUGUGGCUCAGGAGGAAGGCCCCAGAGGCCAGAGCAGACAGGAGGGAUGGGGCCUCAUAGAGGAGCUCAGAGGGUGGAGGGUCUCCCAGGGGAGCUCAGAGGGCAAAGGGACGGGGACCCACAGGGCCCUCUCCACGGGAAGGACAGGAAGGGUGGCUGCACUCAGGGUGGGAGAUGAUGCCCCGUCUGAGGUUCUGCCUCCAGGACCCGGAACACAAAUGUCCUUGUUUCCAGUGCUCCCCUGGGGAUGUCUUUCCUUGUCCCUGUGACUGUCAAGGUCUGUAGAUGUGGCCUGUCUCGCGUUGCUGAGGAAGGAGAUGAAGAGCACUGGAAGGAGAUGAAGAGCACAUCAGUAGAUGUUUAAAGGCUGCCCACCAUGGGCAGAGACCCCCCUUGGGCUGGACCCAGGCCAUGCUAUGGAGGGGCUUAAUUCGUGGGGGUUCGAUCCCAGGAUGGUGGUGGGGGGUGGUGCAGCCUAAGGACCUGUAAGCAUCAGAGCUGAGGGGGUCGGGGUGCAGGGCCAGAGCCUUCCUGGGUGGGUAGAUGUGCUUGAUGCCUGGGAGUCCUGCAGGUCUAGGGGACAGCAGCCAGAGUGACCGUCUGAAAUGAACCUUUGGUAGAGAUGUGAUUUAGAACUGGUUCUUCCUUCCUUUUCUGUCUCAAACCAUAAGCUGCCCCCCAGGGCCUGGAAAAUGUGGGGUGCAGGUGGCGUCUCUCUGGGGUGACCCCCGUCCUGAAGAAGGGUGAGCUUUACAGUGAUGACCUGGCCCCCCAAGACGGGCCCCCAGCUCAGCGGAGUCAGUGCAGGGACUACUGAAGGGAAUCCAGGCCUGGCAGUGUGGGCGCAGGGCGUUGCCUUCCCUCUUCCUCCACCGUGCGGUGAUGCCAUGCCCAGUCCAAACGUGACCUCGAUGGAGUGUGAUUCCCACGCCGUCUGUGGGGUCUCAAGAGAGUAAGGGGUGGCGUGGCCGGUUCUUACAGGGUGCCAAAGAAAUCCUGGUGAAGCCUCCAGUUGGCUGGAUGUAAACUGUAUUUGGAUCAUGCCUUGAGCUGCUUAAUUAAAGGGGCUGGCAUAGUGGUGCACAGUUUACCGUAACAACUCAGCCCAACUCCAGCAGACGGUGCCAUCCAGGAAACCAGGCGCUGCCAAGGAUUCCAGCCCCGGCCCCACCUUCCCUUUAGCAGUCCGUGGUGUUUGGGUAGUCUGUGGCCAGUGUAGCCCUGUUUCAGAGUGUGGGGUCUCCGCUGAAAGGACUGGCGUGGGUCAUUGUUUGAAAAGAAUCAGGCCCCAGUGAGGUUCGCUGAAAGCUAACACUGGAUGCAGCAGAAUCUGAGUGUGACGGGAAGUCAGCGUCACCAUUUUGAGGGUGAUGGACACGUUUUCUGCACUCUAGCCCUGUGGAAGCGCUGGCUGACAGCAGCCUGGCUGUCCGAAUUCCAAAGAAAUGGGCUCCUUCUAAAUUUUCAGGUGCUGCUGCAUACUCAGGAGCACACACCCUCCUUGUCCUUGUGGGUGGGGGUGUCCUUGGAUGGAGAGGGUGCCCCACUGUGCCACGUCUCAGCAGCCCCACCAGAGCUGUGUCCCCUCCCCCGUGCAGGUGCAAGGAGCUCACCUGAGGCUGAGGCAGGCCCAGGCCCAGCACUCACAGGAGGUCCGGCAGCUGCAGGAGCAGAUGAGCCGGCUGGUGCCCCAGGACCGUGUGGCUGAGCUGCAGCGCCUGCUCAGCCUUCAGGGAGAGCAGGCCGGGAGGCGCCUGGAUGCACAGCGGGAAGAACAUGAGAAACAGCUGAAAGCCACAGAAGAGCGGGUAGAAGAGGCGGAGAUGAUUCUGAAGAAUAUGGAAAUGCUCCUCCAAGAGAAAGUGGAUGAGCUGAAGGAGCAGUUUGAAAAGAAUGCGAAGUCCGACCUGCUACUGAAGGAGCUGUAUGUGGAGAAUGCCCACCUGGUGAGAGCACUUCAGGUCACUGAGGAGAAGCAGCGAGGCGCCGAAAAACAAAGCCGCAUCUUGGAAGAAAAAGUUCGCGCUCUCAACAAACUCGUCAGUAGGAUUGCCCCCGCAGCCCUCUCUGUGUAAAGACGGAUUGUUUUCCAGGAUUCAUUCGGAAGCACAUCUUUUAAAUUAAGCCACUGUGAUGCCUUAGUUUUCCGUGGGUCAUGAGCCAUGAGUCCUAGGACAUAUGAGGAUUGGGAUUCUUUGUUCACCCCCCAGACAGUUAAUGCCCUGCCCUGGGCAAAAUCAGGGUCGGGGGCUGGGGGAAUAUGCAUGUUGCAAAAGCCUGCGUUUUUAUUAGCGGUCCUGAGUAAUUUUCCUUGGCAAAAUUCCCAGUUUUGCCACUUGUUGGAGGCAGAUUCUGGGAGCUGUCAGCAAGGAGCAGCUAAGUGAGCAGUUAAGGACAGCACUUUCCAUGUGGUACUUCUGACCCGGCUGUCAGAUUGAAACGUAAAAUCAGGGCUCUGUACAGUUUUGCCAUUUCAUUGUUCUGCUUUGAGCUUAGGUUAUUAGAACUCUUGGUGGCGGGUGCCUACACACAUUCCAGAAAGGCUUCACUCGCUGGGAACGUCAACCCAGCGAGAAAAGAGGGGAAGCUUCUUCUCCAGGGACCUUAUCUGUGGACUCAGGGAUGACGGUGUUUAUUGCAAAUGCACAAUCUUUUUCCCAUUGAAAUGUCAUCACACUGGAAAUUGUACUAUAUGUAAAAAGAAAAAAAGUAUAGUUUUAUAUUUGAAAUGUAUACCAAUUAUGGCCAUAUGGCUGAUUGGAAUGUACUGCUGUAAUAUAAAAAGUCACUGUAUUUGCAAUAAAUUCUUUUCUAUUAAAAUUGA